UCACACAGACGGCACACCUGAGGGCCUCGAUGCCGAGAGGGUCGCGAAGAUGCAGCUGUCGAUGGAGCAGUCCAGCUCGACGCCGAGUUUUUUUAUGGAGCUGCAGCCACGGUCGACGAGAACCCUCUGCACACAGACACGCGCACAUCACAAAGAAGCCCUCGCCCACUCUCUGGCCUUGUGAAUCUUGUGUGCUUCACUGCUUACCUGGAGGCUCUCAAGACCCUCGGCACCCCCUCGAGGACGUUCAGCGCUCACGCAGAGGGUGCCGAUGUCCUCGAGCUGUGACAGAGGGCCCGGCUGGCCGGCCGUCGGAACCGGGAUGCACCUCAGCGACCCAGCCAUGGUGUCAGGAGUGCAUUCCACGUGCAGCUCCUUGAGGCGCCGUGACGUGGCCACCAGCUCCCCCAACACCUCAUCGUUACACACCCUCCCCUCCACCUGGACCCUCUCGAGCGACGGCAGCUGCCAGUGCCGCCUGCGGCCGGGACCAUGGAAAUACCCAUAUUUGGUGAUGGAUGUGAGCGAUGUGAGGGUGGGGGGCGGGUCGAGGGGAGGCGGGAGGCGGUGGGCUGACGGCUCUGUCGCAGCUCGGAUACCACGGCCCUCGGCCUCGUCGAUGGUUAUAGUCGAUUCGCCCUUGAUUAUUUCGAUGGACUCCAACGUGGUUGGCGCCUGCCGCCCCGCUGCUGUGGCCGCUGCAGCUCUCAGCCCGUCGAUGUGGCCCUCCACUAAUGCCGUGACGAUCUCCUUUUUCACGGACGACAGCACAGUGUCGUAGUUAUCGUAGUAGAACAGGCCAGCAGUUUCACUUGGGAUGCGGAGGCUCCUCGGGCACUUGACGACGAUGGAGUUGAGCCGUGUGAGCCGUCGGCCCCACUCGAAGGCGUCAGCGAAUGACAGGCCGCACCAGAAGCGCCACUCGGCCGUGUCGUGGGUGUCCAUCACCAGCUGGGUGAUCUGGCAGCCGACGUGGCGCCACAGCCGCUGGGGCAGCGCCGCCACCAAAUGAAGCGACACGAACGAAAAGACGUAGGCAACGACAACAGGCUGAGUGGACACCACACAGACACAGAGAGAGCAGACAAUGAGGAUGUGUGUGUCUGCCAGUGCUUCGUUUGCUGCAUCUUACGACUUGGCUGAAUUGCUGUGCGAAGGCCUCCAGAUCUAUGCUGUGUGUGGUGUGCGAUGCCGUGGCCUGCUGCUGCUGCUGCUGCUGCUGGUCGGUGUCCAUCACGGCCUCCUCGUCUCUGUCCGUCACAAGCC